CUUUAGGCUCAGAAAAAAAAAAGGAUGCCCGGCAGCCCCUCUACCUCGGGCCUUGGGUUGCGGAGUCAGAAUGUGGGCCUCCACCAGGCGUACGGUACUAAAGGGCGAAAGCCAGUCGUUUGAUAUCUCCUCGCACCAUUCUUCCCCUUUCCCUCCACACAGCACAACUGGAGAAAGAUUUAAAAUGGAAAAUCAGGAAUUCCGUUUUCCCUCAAGUUUUCUCAGCAACCAAACAGAAAUUUAUGAUCGAUUUGUUGCAAGUUUCUGUGAAUCUUUGCAUUCAGAAGCAAAAAUCUAGAAUACUCCAAGGCAAAAGGCAUAUGGAAGCGUAUCGUUCCUAGACAAGUCAGAUUGUCUCUCUUACAGAUCUGUGACUUGUGCUGCAGCAAAUCCAAGUAUGAAUAUCCUUGCUUGAUUUUUGAUUAACAAUAUUGAUUUUCUUGAUUAUAAUGCUCAUCAUUUUAUUUAAUAGCAUCAUGUUCCUUUCUUCUGUAUUAUUGAAAUGACUCCAUAACCAUAAGAAAGUUGCUACCUACUACAGAUUGUGGUUCAGCCUAUGUUUUUGAGUUAUGUUUAAAUUUGUGGAAUAAUUUUCAUGCCGUGGC